CUGUGAUACAUUUAUAAUGUUAAUGGGUGUCCAUUGCUCCUCUUUUCUAAAGGUGAUGUUUUUCAUCUCUUCACUGCCGCAGAAACCGUGGCGGUUUAUGACCAGACAUGUCGCCGUGGUUUGCUUCAUCGCCAGUAUGGUUUUGCUGUACUGCCUGUUUACACUGCAGUUCCAUACUGGGCCACCAGACCUCCCUGUGCCUCUCUCCUGUGAUCUACAGCACCGACACGGUGCUCAUCCAGCCACAAACAACUCAGAGGGAGACACGCACAAAUGCUUCCCCAAAAAGGACAUCAUGUUUAUGAAGACCCAUAAAACCGCCAGCAGCACCUUCCUCAACAUCCUCUGCCGAUUUGGAGAGAAGCACAAUCUCAAAUUUGCCUUCCCCGACAGCAGAAAUGACUUCUCCUACCCGUCGUACUUUCACCACACAUAUGUUAAAGGCUUCAAACCCGGAAUGUGUUUCAACAUCAUCUGUAACCACAUGCGCUUCAGUGCAGCGGAGGUGGCCAGAGUGCUGCCCCGAGACUCCGUAUACAUCACGAUCCUGCGAGAUCCCGCAGAGCUGUUUGAGUCGUCUUUUCAUUACUUUGGCCAUUUAAUCCCACUGACCUGGAGGAUACCAGAUGAAGAUAAGAUGGCAGCCUUCCUGCAUNNNCCCGAUCUCUACUUCGGCCCAAAGAGUUUGAACUCCUUUUAUAUCAAGAAUCUGCUCUUUUUCGAUUUAGGACAGGACCACACCUUGGACUCGAAUGAUCCCAGAGUAGAUGAGGCCAUCAGGCUCAUUGCUGAGCGUUUUCAUCUGGUCAUGCUGGUGGAGUAUUUUGAGGAGUCUCUUAUCCUACUUAAGGACACCCUCUGUUGGGAGAUGGCUGACAUCCUUUUCUUCAAGCUCAACGCACGUCAGCAAUCCACUGUGUCUAAACUCAGCCCAGAACUAAGAGAAAAGGCGCUGCAGUGGAACGCCAUUGACUGGAAGCUUUACAAAUAUUUUAACCGGACUUUCUGGGAGAAGGUGGAGGCGUACGGACGAAAGCGAAUGACAAAGGAUGUCAAAGAACUCAAGAGAAGAAACACAGAGCUGCAGCAGAUCUGUAUUGAGGGGGGUCACCCUGUCGCAGCUGAGAACAUCCAUGAAGAGAACAUGCAGCCGUGGCAGCCCAUUGGAGAAAAAUCCAUUAUGGGAUAUAAUUUAAAUAGAAACAUAGACAAAGACUAUCAGGUGUUGUGCCAAAAAAUGUUAACCCCGGAAAUUCAAUAUCUGACAGACUUGGGGGUUAACCUCUGGCUAACUAAGCUGUGGGGACACGUGAGGAAUAUCAUCAACUGGUGAUAUGUGACAAAAUGUUAAAUAAUCUUUUAAGAGUAGGGCACUGUGCUUUAUAUAUAUAUGUGUGUGUGUGUGGGGUGUGUGUGUGUGUGUGUGUGUGUGUAUACAUGGAUUAAAUUUGUUGCAGUCUGGAACAUGUUGUAGCUCAGGAGAGGACAUGAAACCGAUGCCAAUAAAAAUAAUAGCUGUGGUUUAAAAUAUUUAUAUUCCAUUUACUACUAAAACCAAUAUUAAAUCAUUCUGUUCCUCCAUGGUUUCACUUUGAAAACAAGUGGGAAACUGGAUGGCAACGUCAAUAGUAAACAGUCAGCUAUUUGGUAAAACGCAUUCAAAAUUUGUUUUAUUUCCAUACAUAACUGUGCAUAUGUAUGGAAGUCAUCUCAUCUCCUUUAUUACUGUCUAUUCAAACUACAAUCUAGAUUGUACCUUCCUAGUUUGUCAGGUUUUGGUACAAUGUUAAACCUCUAGUGCUUCAUCCUUCAUACAGUUAUUCCAGCCAUCUUUGCUGUGACAUAAUGUCAUUAGUCAUCCUAAAAUAAUUAGCCGUGGCUGUAAUGGAAUCAAUAAAUGUGCAUUUGCUGGAACUGCUUCCUUAUUUUGAUUAUAUGAUUACAGACUAAAUAAAUAAAUUGCACCUUUC